AUGGGGGUUUCUCCUGCUUGUCCAUCAGUGAAGGAGCAGACGGCAGGGUGGUUCAGCAGGGGUUGGGUUCCAGCGGUGGUUCCAGCGGGUUUGGGUUCCAGCAGGGUUUGGGUUCCAGCAGGGUUUGGGUUCCAGCAGGGUUUGGGUUCGUGCAGGUUUGGGUUCCAGCAGGGUUUGGGUUUCAGAAGGGGUUGGGUUCCAGCAGGGGUUGGGUUCCAGCAGGGUUUAGGUUCCAGCAGGUUUGGGUUCCAGCAGGGUUUGGGUUUCACAGGUUUGGGUUCCAGCAGGUUUGGGUUCCAGCAGGGUUUGAGUUUCAGCAGGGGUUGGGUUCCAGCAGGGGUUGGGUUCCAGCAGGGUUUGGGUUCCAGCAGGUUUGGGUUCCAGCAGGGUUUGGGUUCCAGCAGGGUUGGGUUCCAGCAGGUUUGGGUUCCAGCAGGGUUUGAGUUCCAGCAGGUUUGGGUUCCAGCAGGGGUUGGGUUCCAGCAGUGUUUGGGUUCCAGCAGGUUUGGGUUCCAGCAGGUUUUGGGUUCCAGCAGGGGUUGGGUUCCAGCAGGUUUGGGUUCCAGCAGGGUUUGGGUUUCAGCAAGUUUGGGUUCCAGCAGGGUUUGGGUUCCAGCAGGGGUUGGGUUCCAGCAGGUUUGGGUUCCAGCAAGGGUUGGGUUCCAGCAGGGUUUAGGUUCCAGCAGGGUUUGGGUUCCAGCAGGUUUGGAUUCCAGCAGGGUUUGGGUUCCAGCAGGGGUUGGGUUCCAGCAGGUUUGGUUUCCAGCAGGGAUUGGGUUUCAGCAAGUUUGGGUUCCAUGCAGGGUUUGGGUUCCAGCAGGGGUUGGGUUCCAGCAGGUUUGGGUUCCAGCAAGGGUUGGGUUCCAGCAGGGUUUAGGUUCCAGCAGGGUUUGGGUUCCAGCAGGGGUUGGGUUCCAGCAGGUUUGGGUUCCAGCAGGGUUGGGUUCCAGCAGGGUUUAG